AAACUAAUACCAACGAAAAGGAAACUUUAUAGCUUUAUGUGAUUUUCUUGGAAUUUUUUGCCUGCCAACAAGUCAUUAUUGUCGUUGUUUGCUCAGCCUCUGCCCAUAGCUUAAAAUCUCCAUUGAGUGAUCUGUGCUUUUCACUUUAGUAUUCUGGUGGAAUGGAAUCUCUAUGUUCUGUUUCUUUCUCUCUCUGUGCUGGAUAUACCUCAGUGAGUAUAUGAUACUUUUUUCCCCUAUGAGGUUUCUUAGAUGAAUGCUCCAAAUGCCUAAUACUUUUCCAUUGUGAUUUGAAAGCUUGAAUAAUUGUGCCCAAAUGGACCCAAAUGACAUUAAAUAUUUGUCCUUGGUGACUAUACAUGAAAGGAAAGAAUAAAUAUAGAUUAAAGCUACUUUAUUCAUAUUCCUCUCUAAUAUUCCCAAGAAAUGAACCAAACCAGAAUCGUGAGAAAUUGCUGUCUACAGGCCAGAGUUAUGAAUAAGCUUGUUUUGAAACCAACUUUCUCCUUCUCUGCUUAUGAAGAACUACCUAGCUUUUCUGCCUGACAAGUCAAGUAUGCUCAAGCAAUAAAGAUUGAGAAGGUUAUUCAAGAAGCUCUAAACUCUAAGCCCCUUUUACUGGUGCAUUUCAGGCAUUUUAUGUCUUCUUUUCUUCCUAUAUUUCCCCAAAAUUGCCUGCCUCAGGGUCUGUGAGCCACUUUCAUAUACCGUUAUCGUCUGAUUUUCGUUAAGAUCAUCCCGUUUUUGUUCUUUGAAGCACAUGAACAGUUGCCUCCGGAAUUUGAUAUCGUUCAAAUAAUUGUAGCUUUAGAAGUUGGCUUUUGAAUCUGUUGGGGGAAUAGUCUUUAUACCUUGCAAUAAUGUUGGUUCUAGUAUCAGAUUAAGAAGGGACCCACUGGUCUAGAUAAAGAUGAGGGAAAUGGCAAAUAAUAGUAUGGAUUUUCAAGUAGAAACAGAUUCACUUCUUGGACUGAGUGAAUCUGGGAAACUUAUUUCGAGUUCUCCACAAGUUUUGUCAAUUCUUUCCUCUGUUUUCGAGAGGUCGAUUCAGAAGAAUGAAAAGCUAUUGAAAAGACUCAAAAAGAAAGACAACGUUACAAUUUUCCACAGUUCCCGAGCUCCUACCAUGGGCAUUGGACAAUAUAUCGAUCGCAUCUUGAAGUACACAUGUUGUGGAACUGCUUGCUUAAUUGUUGCCUACAUAUACAUUGAAAGGUAUCUUCAAAAAAUGGAUGUUUACCUUACUUCUCUGAAUGUCCACCGCCUUCUGAUCACCAGCAUCAUGGUUGCAGCAAAGUUUACCGAUGCCGGGUGCUAUAACAAUACUUUUUAUGCCAAAGUAGGAGGAGUGAGUACAAAAGAAAUGAACAGCUUGGAGAUAGAAUUUCUGUUCAAUUUGGACUUCAGACUUCAUGUCACCGCUGACGUUUUCAGUACUCAUUGUUUGCAGCUUCAAAAGGAAGUUCUUGGGGGAGAGAAUCAAGUCGAACGUCGACCCGGUAACAAAGCUCGAACUAAAUGUUUGCCUCAAAUUACAGGGUAUACUUGCAGUGCCAUUUAAACACUCCAAGGAAAAUCUCUCUUUCUUGAAUUUCAUGGUUAGUUUAGUGUUUCAGUCUCUGGAGUUGUAUGAAAUAUUUAUAUUAUAAAGCUUCAAUUCUUAGACUAAAUCCAGAAAGUAAAAAGAUUGUAACAGGAAGAGGAUGGGAUUGUAGAGAUUCAAUGAAAAAUGUUUCCAAUGCAUUCGAAAUCUUUUAUAAUUCAA